CAUUCACCUAGCCACCCGUAGUUAACUUAACCCUAGUAGGUUAUAAACCACCAAGUUUCCUCAAAAAACCUGGAUCUCUUGCAACAUGGCAAUCAAUUGUCUUCCAGUCUUUUACCGUGGCUACCAUGGCUUCCCAAAAUGAGUCCCAAGUGGACAGCUCCGUUGAUAAAACAGGAGCAGAGGAAUCACAAAGUCAAGUACCUAUCUGUGACUGGACUGAAAAGGCUGAAGUCAAGCUGAGAAGAAAGAUCGACUUCACCGUCUUACCUAUUCUCAUGCUCGGCCUCUUCGCCCUACAACUCGACAGAGGAAAUGUCGGUUACGCCAUGACGACAAGCUUCACCAAAGAUCUCGGCAUCACCAACGACAACGUCAACUACGGAAACCAGCUCAUGCUGGCAGCCGUCGUAAUCUUCGAGAUACCCUUCAACAUGGUCCUAUCCAGAAUAGGUCCUGCUCUUUGGCUCAUCAUACAGAUCUUGACAUGGGGAACCAUAGCAACGGCUCAAGCAGCUAUCCACAACCUAUCGGGAUUCUACGCUACGCGCUUCCUGCUGGGAAUGUGGGAGGCCGGAUACCUGGCUGCCUCGCUGACGAUAAUUGCGUCGUUUUAUACGAGGAGGGAGAUGGCGUUACGGGCUACGCUUGUGUACGUUGGGAAUUACUGCUCUGCAGGUGUAAGCGGCCUUCUCGCCGGUCUGAUCUUCAAGAUUCCAGAGACGAGCGGUUUGAAGCGAUGGCAAUGGCUUUUUAUCAUUGAUGGCCUCUUCACCCUGGUCGUUGGCGUUGUGUUCAUCUUGGUCAUGCCUCGUUCGACAACCAAUACGCUUCCACUUGCAGGCAUUAAGCGAUUCGACUUGUUCAACGAUGAAGAGAGGGAUAUCUUGGCCAAGCGUGUAAUCCUCGAUGAUCCGCGCAAGCAUGUAAAGCUCUCUGGCAUCACCCCCAAGACUGCGCUGCGCAUUCUCUUGACGAGUUUUCCAAUGUGGGGCCAUUUCAGCAUCAACGCCAUUUCCAUCACUCCCAAAGGAGGUUUGGUUUUCUACACACCUUCAAUCAUCAAGAACCUCGGCUUCGAAGCAUCUACGGCAAGUUUCCUGUCAGCCGUUCAUAACUUUGGAGUAUGCAUCUUGGCAAUUCUUGUAUCAUGGGUCAGCGACAAGACCUUGUCUCGAGGACCUCUAUGCCUACUCUGCGGCGUGUACUCGCUCGUCUUCUCUGGUGUUCAAUUCGCUGUUGUCGGGAGUACCGACGUCUGGCUAAAGUACGCCAUCCUCACACUUCUGACCUCUGGGAUGGCAGUAUCUCAGAGUCUUAAUGAUGCCUGGUUUAGCAUCAACACUGCUGAUCCGCAGGUCCGAUGCAUCGGGCUUGCGCUGGCUGUUGCCGGUUCUAACGUCGGAGGACUCGCUGGACAGAAUAUAUUUGUCAAGAGUGACGCGCCAUACUAUCGCAACGGCUUUCUGAAGAUUUUGUGUCUUUAUGCGGGUAGUAUUGUACUUAUUGCUGGCAUGAUAUUUUACUACUGGAAUGACAACAGGAAGAUGCAAAAGUCAGGAGAACUUGAAGAUACCGCAGUGAUAGAGGGAUCCGGGGGAGUGAGGAGGACAAGGGUGAGGAAUCAGUUGUAGAAGGUAUCUCAUAACUUCCGAUCCCUGACACUGAUUGGGAUUCUCAAUAAGUUACGAUAGUAUGAUAUUCUUGGUGAGCUAACCCAGAAAUACCCACGUAGUAAGUAGAAACUGGUUAAUAUAUAUAAAGAAAUGGACGUUAACGUAGAUACAUUGGCCAAUAGGUAAACCAGGCGCAGGUUUAGACUUCCUCUUUUCGUUAUUCUGGAGGUCUUACUGAUAAAAGUAUGACAAACAGCAAUAAUAUGAUAAGUGAAUAUGUUGAUGAAAUUUGUGCUUCCUGUCCGCUGACUCCAUGCGAGCUAUAUCACGAAGAUAUUGCUUCCGUCAAGCUACACUAGCAUGACUGUUGAGCUG